AUGUCUUCCACCAGCGAAAUGGAUUUCGAUAGUCCCUUCGUGAAGAAGGAAAACAGCUGUAAAAUCUGUGGCGAAAAUGAAGGACCAAUGGAAUCAAUCUUUUGCAAGGUGGACGACACUGCACUCCUGAACAAGAUCUACAAAUGCACCCGCGUUAAAGUGAUACCAGUUUGUGGAUUAAUUUCACCCAUCUGUGAGUACUGCCAUCGGCGGAUCGAUGAGUUCGAUGAGAAUGCACAACCGAAGGUGGUAGAGUUUGUGAUCAAGACCGAGCUGGAACCCGAACCUCUUGAUUACGAUCCAUUGAAUGUUGGCAACCUGGUCGAUCCGAUGGCUAUUGAUGUUAAAUCAGAAGACGAUUUAGAAGAAAAAAAGUCGAUAAAACGAAGAGGAAAGAUAAAAGCAGUUAAUGUUCAACCCCGGAGUCGGUCGUUUCGAAAAGCUGGAAGACCAAGAUUAAAUGUGGAAUCGCAGAAAGUACGGAACAUUGUUAGCAAAGCUCGUGGAAAGAAAUCAUCUAUAGAUGAUGCGAGUUCCGAUGAAAAUGUAGCGGAAGUCCAUUCAGAAAUUGCCGCAGAACCGCAACGAACGCCAAUAGAGCGCAUUUCCCCGCAAGAUGACGAUCAAUCAAAGUCCAGCGACUUUGAAUCAGAUCUUGAGAAUGGCAAUGAAUCUGCACUUGAGGAAGAAUCCGACCAGCUAAGCAACUCUGACGAAGAACCAGUAAAACGGGGACGUCCCAAGCGUGGUAACGUCGCGAAGGCUAGAAAACCGAAACGCGCCGAUUCACCGAAGCAAUGCGAAGUCUGUGGCAAGCAGGUGCAGUAUAUGCGCGAACAUAUGCGUCUACAUCGGAUAGAGUCGCAGCAUCCGUGCCCACACUGUGAUAGAACGUUCGUGCAGGCAAAUAACCUAAAGUACCACAUACGGAAACAUCUGGGCGAGAAACCGUACACCUGCAAGCAGUGCAAAAAGGAGUUCUACUGCGAAGCACACUUAAAGUCGCACAUGCGCGUGCACGGACCGCAAGGUCUGUUUCAGUGCAGCAUGUGCCCGAAGAGCUUCAACCAGGAGUGUAAUCUGAAGAAGCAUCUGCGAGUACAUACAGGCGAAAAGCCGUACGUGUGUGACAAGUGUGGGAAGCGGUUUAACAGCACGUCUAACCUACGCAACCAUGUCCGGUUGCAUUCGGACGAACGACCGCUUACGUGUGAUCACUGUUCGAAGAGUUUCGUCGAUGUGCAUCAUCUGCAGCGGCAUAUACGGGUCCAUACGGGGGAAAGACCGUAUAUUUGCCAUGUGUGCUUCCAAGCCUACUAUUGUCAGACCGGCCUAAUGGACCACCUGAAGACGCACAUCGAGAAAAAGUCUUUCAAACUAGACUAG